CCUUCAUCAUUCUCUUGUAUUGAAUAAAUUAUCUCCCUUUCAAACAUUGACUUGAAUCAAAGCGCUUACAAUGAAGUACUUACAAGUAUGUCAAGCGUUAUAUGAUUAUGAAGCAAGAACUCCCGAUGAAAUUACUAUCAACGAAAACGACAUUCUUUAUGUUAUCGAGAAAGAAGACAACGAUUGGUGGAAAGCUGAAUUAAAACAAAUAUCCAACGAAGAGCCUGGUCCUAUUGGCUUAGUACCAGCAUCCUACUUGGAAGAGGUAUCCCCAAUUGGAAAGGUACGUGCUGAAUAUGAUUACGAUGCUCAACAGGAAGAAGAACUCUCUUUUACUGAAGGUCAAGAAAUGUGGUUACUAGAACGUGAUGACCCUGAUUGGUAUCUCGUAAAAUUGGAUACUGGUGAUAUUGGCCUUGCUCCUGCGAACUAUGUUCUUGUUAUUGAAGACGCCAUUGAAGAACAUGCUACUACCUCUACUGAUCCUACUGCUCCUGUUGUUACUACUGCUUCUCUUCCUAUUACUACUACUACAGUACCACCUGUCCCUGUGCCUGCAACUUCUAUCCCCUUUGCACUAUCUUCACCACCCAAUACACAACAAAGCUCUCCGGUCAAGUCUAAUACCAGAGACAUGGAAGAUGAAGCUCAAUCCUGGACUGUACAUGAAUACGAUGUUGCCAAAAAGAAGAAGAAGAAAGGAAAAGGCAAUAUUUUGGUGGGUAACGCAAUGCUUUGCUAUGGAAGUGAAACUGACAAGACUUCUCCCGUACAACAAUACCCUAUUUUGGAUGUGUCCAAGUAUCUUUUUGAUGGCAAAAACUUACAUAUUGAAAUUGAUGGCUCCAAUCCGGCAGUUUUGGAUUUACAGGCUUCUUCAAAAUCUGAAGCGAAGGCUAUUUUGGUCAAGAUUACUGAUUCUCGUAAGGCAGCUCAGAUAGCUGGUACUCAUAUAUCCCAACAACAACCUACUCCAACAAUAGCAGCACCAACAGCCGUCGCAUCUAUACCUUCUUACGGAACACCAACAAAAUCAGAUAUAUCUACUAUUUCUGCUAUACCUACUCAGUCUUCGACUAACGAACCUCGUUGGGCCAUCUCUCUUUAUGUGUUCGAUGCUGAAGGAGGAGAAGAAAUAUCAGUUGAAGAAAAUCAGCAAAUAUUAGUGACAGAUUAUGAUCGUGACGAUGGAUGGUGGCGUGUGGAAACUGUGGAUGGAAAAUCUGGUAUCAUUCCAACAACCUAUAUACAAUUUUAUGACAAUGAUAAUGCUAUUACUACUACCCAGUCUGCCGCUUCUGCUACUAAUGUCCGCCAUGAUGAUGAAGACGAUGAAGUCGACACUGCUGCUCAUGAUGAAGUGGAAGCUUAUAUGCGGGAAAAAGAAUUACGUGAACGUGAAAAACAGGAAGCUCUGCAGAAAGAAAUAGAACGAACGGAACAAAUGGAAAGGCAACGAAGACAAGAAGCAGAAGAACAACGACAGCGUUUAGCAGAACAACAAAAACGUGAAGAAGAAGAACGUGAAAGACGUAGAAAGGUACAAGAAGCAGCUCAACGUGCAGAAAUGGCCAGGCAACGACAAAUGGAAGAAGAACGAAAAAAUCGGGAAGCAGCUGCAAGAUCAUCUCCACCCCUGGAUAAGACUAGUAGUCUUUCAAGAUCUGUUUCUACCCGUCAAGAUCUACCCAAACCUGACCCUGAUAGAUUACGAACUUGGACAGAUCGAAGUGGUGCCUUUAAGGUGGAAGCUCAAUUCUUGGGCUAUACUGAUGGAAAACUACGACUACAUAAAGCGAAUGGUGUAAAAAUUGAUGUCCCUUUGGAAAAAAUGUCAAGCGAAGAUAUACGGUGGGUAGAACGUCGAACCAACCAACCUGUAGGAAGUAUUGGAAAGAAAUCUUCAGUGAAUCAAGGCGAAAAAACACCUGAAAUGCCACCUCGACCAAACCCAACAACUUCUGAUGGACCUAGCAGUAGCAGCAACAGCAACAACAACAACAACAAUGACAACAAUGUACCUACCAACAGCAAAAAGACAAUAAAUUCAAACUGGGAUUGGUUUGAUUGGUUUAUGAUGAUCGGAAUCCCUAUGCAAGAAGCCUUAGUGUACUCAUCUGCUUUCAAAGCGGACAAUUUAGAUGAUAGCGACCUCAAUAGACUGACUCACAAACAGAUGAAAACCCUGGGUAUGAAGGAAAAACAUGUUCAACGUAUGGAACGAUAUAUUGAUACUGGGAAUGUGGAACCUCCAUCGGACGGCGAAGAUAAUACUACAGAACAAGAUGAUAUAGAACGUAUGAGACAAAAACAGAUUGAAGAUGAUGCGGCACUGGCACGAAAACUCCAAAAUUCACUAGAUGAACCACGAAGUAAAAAAGCUUCGUCAUCUUCAAGACCAAAGCCUUCGGUAUCUGCUCCCAAAGAAAUUCAUCCUGAUUUGCUGGAAUUCCUUGGAUCCUCUGAUUUUGCAUCUUCUUCUUCAAGCAAUACCGAACCUUCCAAAGCGACAACAACAACAACAACAACAACAACAACUGAAAACAACGAUCUUAUUGGAUUUAGUGAUGAUGCAUGGGCUCCUCGACCGAUAAAGGAAUCUACACAAUCACAAAUUCAACCACCAUUGCAACCACAACAAGCAUCUUUGGUUAGUAAAGUUGAUCAACAAGUUGUAUCAUCACCAGUUAAUAUGUCGUCUCAACAGGUUACUCCUGCUCCUCCUGCUCCUCCUGCUCCUCCUGCGACAGUGGCUGUCGGAUCUCAACCUAUUGUCCAAUCUAACCCUACACAACAACCACAGCAACAGCAAAAACAAUAUUCAUCAAAAACAAUUGAUCCCACGUUACUUCAAUGGCAAAAUACCACAUCUUCUAAUGGUAAUGGAUCAUCACAGAUCAACAAUACACCAAAGGUAUCAUUGAAUGAAUUGUCACAACAAGAGCAACUUCGAAAAUACCAACAACAACAACGUCAACAAGCACUUUUGGAACAACAGCAACAGAUUAUCAUGCAGCAACAGCAACAAAUUCAACAACAACAGAUUCAUCAACAACAAUUACAACUACAACAACAACAACAAAGUCAGCUUCAAGCACAAGUGCCUUUUGCAACUGGCUACCAAUCCAACAAUGCAGGUAGUCUUGUUCUUUACAACAAUGACAUGACAACUCCUCAACAACAACAACAACCCCAAGUGACUGGAUUUGUCUCUCAACCUCAAAUACAGCAAUAUCAAGCUACGGGAUUUAUUCCACAACAACCUGGCAUGAUGACAAACACAGCUGUAUCAGUUCCAGUUUCAUCUGUAUUGCCUCCACCAAUAACUCCUACUUCCGCUGCGGGACAGCCAAUGUAUCAUCAACAAUCUCAAAGGUCUCAAACUCUGCCACCUCAAACUACUGGACGACAUUGGAAUGCAUCAACACCUGAGAAUCCAUUUGGAUCUCCCAGUAUGUCUUCUGCUGGUGUCAACUCUCAUUUGACCGGUGGAAUUCAGUUCUCGACGCCCAAUCCCAAUAGCUUCACUCAAAGUCCAGUACGACAACCAUCUUCCACUCCAGCCUACUUGCAACAACUUCAACCACAGAUGACAGGUAUUCAACAAACAGAAUUAUCUGGUGCUCGUGAUAAGUAUGCUGCUUUCCGUACGCCAAAUGCUGAUGUAUUUACUCCUGCUGGAUCCAUGCAACGUAAGUCAUAAAAAGAAGAGAGAAAAAAAAAAUGUGUAAUGGGAUGAUUAUCAAAUCCAUGGGAAAUAUCGGAUGAUUCUAAUUCUUUUUUAUUUAUUUCUUUUUGAAUAGAUGGUCAAUCAGCAUUCCCUCAGCAACAAGGUUAUCAAACAGGACAAUAUGGUGGUGCAUGGUAGAUCAUUAGUAUACUCUUUUUUUUUUCUUUAUGAUUAUUACCCUGUUAGCUUGUUUCUAU